AUGUCAGAUCUCCCCGACGGCGUUCUCCUCGGUUGUGGUAAUCCCCUGCUUGACAUCCAAGCUGUAGUUGGCAAGGAUUUCCUCAAUAAAUGGGGCCUCAAGGAAAAUGAUGCCAUCCUCUGUGACGACAAGCAUAAUGCAAUGUUCGACGAGCUCGUCGAAAAAUAUGAAGUCGAAUAUAUCCCCGGAGGUGCGACCCAGAAUGCUGUUCGUGUUUGCCAG